AUGUCUGACCGAGCUGCCAGCGCCGGCACCCGCAAACGCCACUCGCUCUCCACCAUCGAGCUGCUGGUGACCCGCUUGCUCGUGUCCACCAAGCACUUGCUCGAGCUGUUGACCCAGUGGGCGCGCCACGAGGCCGACGACAAGUACGUCAGCGACGCCUACGUCAAGCUCGGCAACGACUUCCGGGCGGCCACCAGGGCAUUCAACACCGCCGGCGUCGACGUCCGUGACAUCGGCGACGUCCCCCAGGCGCUCCGCGAGAUCUUGGAGGCGGCAUUGCUGGAACAGCCGUCGCAGCAGAACUUGGACCGCUUUUUGCCCCAUAUCCGGAGCAUCAUCGUCACGUUAUUGCAGAACUUGAAGGCGAAGCAGCAGCAGGCGAAGCAGUUGGCUCUGGAGCGCACCAUGGAGCCCGAACCGGCGGAAAUUACCCCUACCACUACUACCACCACUAAUAAUGCCUCAACCAAUACCGCUACCGCUUCAUCUCACUCCAAACUGCGCCUGGUAUCAUCUCAACCACCGGCAGCGCCCACUCCCCUGCCGCCCGUGGCCCAGCCAUCGCCUCAACCGGCACUGUUCCGCCACCUGAGGAAAGUCACUCUGGAGCUGAUGGAGAUGAUUCGCGAGCGCACCAACCUGGGCUCGUUCGUCCAGCCGCCGCUGCGCCGGGCCCUGGAGGCUCUGGCGCCGCUGCCGGUGCAGCUGGUGGCCUCUCCCGUGCAGUCGACGCCGACACCGCCCCAGCCGCCCAUCGUCAAUCUGGAGGCAUUGGCUCAGCUCCAGAAGGGUAACACUAUGCAGAGACGAGCUCUGAAACGGUUCCUGGCCUACCAGAUGGCCCGGCUCACCCAGGACCUGGUGAAGCACGCGCUGUUUAUCGAUGCCGACGACCCCCCGGUGCCUCAAGUGUCGCCGCAAUACGUGCUGACGCCGCGGUUUGUGGCGCUGCAAUUGUCACCCGUCACCGCCGAGGAGGAAUCGCCCUCAAUCACCGCUGCUGCCAAUACUACCACCCCAUCAAUUCCCGUUUCCCAUAAAGCGCCACCAACGCGUACGGUGUCGGCGCCAGUGACCACCCCUGCUCCCACCAAGGACGACCCUACCCCCGAUACCUCCAUCCCUGCUCCUACUGGCACCCAGCUGAAGCGGGCGCUGGGGGUUUACGACCCGGACCUGUUCCUCUUUCUUCGCAUCCACAACCGCACCAAGAAAGUCCCGGUGCAGUUCCCCGUGUCCUUUGCCCUGUUGCGGCUUUUAUUUGUGGAAAAGUUCGCCUACAGCCCCGGCACCGAGUCCUUCCCCGAAGUGUACCUCAGUGACCCCACCACCGGUGUCACCUAUGAGCUUGAGGAGCUGAUGAUUGACGAAAUCAAGCCGGGGCUGUUGCUUAUGCUCAACGAGGUCGAUCCUAACACCCUGCUCAUCAAGGACUUGCUUCUCAAAGUGCUGACGCUUAAUUCCCGCGUCGACGGCAUGGGGCGUGAUAUCAGCCGUCAAGUAAAGGAAGCGGUGAUGCUGAUGGAGAUCUCGCUGCCGUCGCCGGUGGUCACCAAUAAGGGCACCCCCACUCCUGCCCUGGAUGCCGCUUACCGUGAACUUGGCCAGUUGCAGUUUGAGCUCAAAGCGCUUAAGCUGGCGGAGACUAAGCAUAAGCAGACGAUCCAGCUGCUUGUGGAAAGCGUCCAGAGCCAGUUGGUCCAGUUUAGAGAAUUGGGGCUUGAAGACUCGCUGGGUAAACUGCUGAACCGCCACUACAUGGAGCAGUGCCAUCAAAAGCUCAGUGAGGAGAGCGACACGUUACUUACGCGUGUCGACGACUUACAGGAUACUAUGGAAGCGUUGCGUAAGGACGUGGCCCAGCGUGGGGUGCGUGUCAGCGAAAAGCAGUUGAAGCACACCUUCCACGAGAUCGACGAGGUGAAGCUGCUGCUCUCGCAGAUGAUGAACUACAUCUCGAAGGAGAAGCUGGUGUGGAAGAAGAUCUGGGAACAGGAGCUCGAUAAGGUGUGCGAAGAACAGCAAUUCUUCAACCUCCAGGACGAUUUGACCCAGGACUUGGAGGAGGAUAUCCGCAAGAUCGAGGAGACGUUCGACUUGAUCGAACAGUGUCUGACGCAACAGAUGAAGGCUCCCAAGCGCAACAAGCCGGCGUUUGUGGUACCGCUCCCCGAGCCGGGCGAGCUGAUGCAGCAGGUGAAGAACGCGGUGUUGGACCAGGUGCUGAUGCUUGUGCCCAACCACGACCUGAGGGUGGAAGCGAUCUCCAAGGCGGAGAAGAUGCGCCAGCGGGAACGCGAGAUCCACGCCCAGGACCAGUUCCAGGAAGAGUUGGGCGAUUUCGUCGAGGAGAAGAAGUUCAAGCUGCUGGGGGGGUUCGAGGAGAUCGAACGCAUCCGCCAGCAGAAGAACGAAGAGAACUUACGCAACGGCAUGGGCGUAAUUUAG